GGCCGAGAGCCUCACAUCGGCCAUCAACGCCAAGGUGUCUCUGCACGGCAAGUUUGACUCCAUCAUGCUGGCCAACCACGGCCCAGGCGGGGGCGACGUUUGGUGGCGUGUCAGCGAGCUGGUCAAGCUCGAAAGCGCAGACGCCGCGUCGACCUUACUCGAGGAGACCAGCCCGUGCGGUCAAGUGAUGCGGGCGCUCGGAAGUGCGGUCGUCGACGGUGGCCGGGUGGACCUGCUUGCGUGCAGCUUCUACAAGGACGAGAAGGGCAAGCAGGUGCUCGCCGCCAUCGAGGAGAUGACAAAGACAAACUUCGCGGCAUCGUCCAACGUGACGGGCAAUCCUGCUCUCGCCGACCGGGAGGGCCACGAAGGCGAUUGGGUGCUCGAGAGCGACAAGGUGGACAUCAAGUCGGUCUACUUUGAGCCCGACCGGCUGAUGAAGGAGUUCCAGGGGUGCUUCUUCUCGGUGACGCUCAAGACGCCAGAUGGCUCGAGCACGAUCGAUUGCCCAGACGACACGUACAUCCUCGACAAGGCCGAGGAGGACGGCAUCGAACUCCCCUACUCGUGCCGCGCUGGCGCCUGCUCGUCGUGCGCGGGCAAGGUGAUUGAGGGCACGAUCGACCAGUCGGACGGCGCUUUCCUGGACGACGACCAGAUGGGCCAGGGCUUCUGCCUCACCUGCGUCACCUACCCUACCUCGGACUGCACCAUCGCGACCCACCAGGAGGAUGAGCUUUUUUGACCCCCCCCCCCCCUCUCCGCCCCGCCCUUGCGCCUUCCCCUCCUGAUGGUUGCGCCGCCUCUCGCGGUCUCGCGCCGCGGGGGAAGGAUGCCGGGGCGGGGUGCAACCUUGCGACCUUGCGCCGCGAAUUCAUGGCGCAGGCCUGAAAUUCGCGCGUCUGGUUGUGUGCGUGCGAGAAGCACCUGUCGCCUGUGCGCCGUCGUUGUAAAGACUGCCGUUUGUUUUCUGCAAAGAUUUGCCGCCCGCAGCGCGCAGGGCCCGGGGGAGACGGCCGGAGACCGCCCGCUUCCUCCGCACCACACCGCAGCCUCGCGGGCCCUCGCGCAGCGGCCGCCGCGAGGCACCCCCCAGUUUAAGUGUGGUUUUCUACUUAAUGGCAAAGUUUCUCGU